CCGGGGGCGUUGCCCUCAGGGCUGCCGGAACUGAGCGCUGGUCUGGUCCCGGGGGCCCAGGGAGUGGCGGGGUUAUUGUUGGUUCCCGGGGCUGCUGCUAAGGACGUGGGCCCUUGGUCAUUUGGUCGUCUGCCUGGAGGGGAGUGGGUCGGGGAUUAGAGGACCCGCGGGGCCGCGCCCCUCCCUCCCACUGGAGCUGUAGAAAAGGAGAAAUCAGAGGCUGAAAAGUUACCAGGACCUCCGUCCGUCUCCUGACCCCCUCCGGGAUGGGGUCACGACCGCCAGCCGCCCCCACGAUUCCGCAGUGCUGAGCUUGUUCUUUGAAAACCCCGGGCGUGAGCGUCGCCGAGCCCCUGGCGGUAGCAGGUGCUGCCGCCCAGGCCCGGGUCCGUCUCGCCUGGGGCUGGUCCCCGCCCCGAGCGGCGCAGGCCUCUGACAUCUUCCUGGAGAGUCUCUUACUGUAGUCGGAGUACAGCUCCGUCUCUUUCCCAGCGUUGAUGUUGUGCUAAUUCAGUUUCUUACUCAGAUUUCUAAGAUCUUCAGUAACACAGGCUGACUGUUCCUUAUCUGAAAUGCUUGGAACUGGAAGCGUAUUGGAUCUUGGAUUUUUUUCUUCAGAUUUUGGAGUAUAUGCAUGUACACGAUGAGUUAUUUUCAGAUUUUGAACUAUAUAUGCAUAUACAUGAUGAGUUAUCUUGGCAAUGGGACCCAAGUCAAAACAUGAAAUUUACUUACCUUUUAUUUUCAUCUUAUACAUCUAACCUGAAGGUAUUUUGUAUAAUAUUUUUAGUGCACUUGCAUUUUGACAUCACAUCAGAUCAGCCCAAGGCUGAACUGUGCCAUUUGGAAGAAUGGAAGCAGACGCAUCUGUCGACAUGUUUUCCAAAGUCCUGGAGAACCAGUUGCUUCAGACUACCAAGCUGGUGGAAGAACAUUUGGAUUCUGAAAUUCAGAAACUGGAUCAGAUGGACGAGGAUGAAUUGGAACGCCUCAAAGAAAAGAGACUUGAGGCACUAAGGAAAGCUCAACAGCAGAAACAAGAAUGGCUUUCUAAAGGACAUGGGGAAUAUAGAGAAAUUCCUAGUGAGAGAGACUUUUUUCAAGAAGUCAAGGAGAGCAAAAAAGUGGUUUGCCAUUUCUACAGAGAUUCUACAUUCAGGUGUAAAAUACUAGACAGACAUUUGGUGAUAUUGUCCAAGAAACAUCUUGAGACAAAAUUUUUGAAGCUGAAUGUGGAAAAAGCACCUUUCCUUUGUGAGAGACUGCGUAUCAAAGUCAUUCCCACACUGGCACUGGUAAAAGACGGGAAAACACAAGAUUAUGUUGUUGGAUUUACCGACCUAGGAAAUUCAGAUGACUUCACUACGGAAACUCUGGAAUGGAGGCUCGGUUGCUCUGAUAUUCUUAACUACAGUGGAAAUUUAAUGGAGCCACCAUUUCAGAACCAAAAGAAAUUUGGAACAAACUUCACAAAGCUCGAGAAGAAAACUAUCCGAGGAGGAAAGAAAUACGAUUCAGACUCUGAUGAUGAUUAGAGCUCAAUAAUUCUUUGUAAAUCGUCUUCUUAUUUCUACAAUUACUUCAGGUUUAAAUGUGUUUUCUAAAUUCUGUUGCUUUUGAUCCAUUGAUCAUCAGUACUCAUAUUCUGGAGAUUUAUAUACUCCAACCAUUGAAAGGCAUCUUUACCAUAUUCUCUGUGGCCAUCAUGUUUCAGCUGAGGAAAAUGUCUGAGUUCCUAAAUUAUCUGGGAAGAGUGUGGAUUCUCUAUUUUUGAGGUUGAUUUUAUCACGUAUGUUUCUUACAUCUUUAUACCAUUCAGAAUUGUGUUUUUAAUCUAUUUAUUAGAAUUAGAAAUUCAGCAGACUAUUUCAGGACUGAUUCUUAAUCAGCGUUAUUUACUUUCUACAGCAGGUCAUGUAACAUUUACUGGUGUAACAUUGCACUUGUAAAUGAACUAUGAACACGCUUCACUUUGGGAAUAUAUUGAAGUAACUAUUAAAAUACUGCUUAUUUAUUCUGGA